CUCCCUCCUCAGCUGGACACCGAGACCACCAGACGUUUCUGGGGCUUCUUCUCUCUAUACAGGCUCAUUUUCGCUUUCGCCCUUCUUGCCAACCUCGCUGCGACCAUUUUGGCUACCCCUUUCGGCAGCAUCACCAGCUCGGAUGCCGCCACGGGCGCUGCAGUUAAUCUUUGUGUCUCCAUUCUCGUGCGCAAUGAGCACGUCGUCAAUGCAAUGUUCCGCUCCGUAUGCACCCUGAACCCCUCGACACCCCUUUCUGUCCGCAGGGUCGGAGCAAAAGUCUACUCCUAUGGUGGCUUUCACUCUGGUUGUGCCACUGCUGGAAUGCUCUGGUACCUGGUUUUUACUGUUCUCCUGGGCGCCGAGCUCAGUGACCCAGGCAAAAGAUUCGCGUUCGCCUUCGCUUUGUUCAUCAGCAUACUUCUCCUGGGCAUCAGCUGGUCUGCAUUCCCUGCGUUCCGUGUCGCCCACCACAACGCUUUUGAGGCCAUUCAUCGUUAUGCUGGCUGGUUCUCCGUUGGCCUCCUUUGGGCACAGCUUGGGACCUCUGUCGCCUUUUCAGGAGGCAAGUCUCUCGGUCUUCUCCUGACCCAAAGCCCCCUUUUUUGGUGCUUGAUAAUUAUUACUUCGGCCAUCGUUUAUCCAUGGAGUCGCCUCAGAGAACGCAAUGUCCACGUCCAAGUCCUCUCACCUCGAGCUGCGCUUCUAUACUUCGACUACAAGCGCAUGGACAUUUGCCAAGGCAUCCGUAUCACCGACCAUCCUCUCAAGGAGACUCAUUCUUUCGCCACUAUAUCAAGAGUCGGUGACGAGCAAGGUUUUCGAGUACUUAUGUCAAGAGCUGGAGACUGGACAUCUAACUUCAUCGACAACCCUCCCACUCGCAUCUGGGUGAAAGGCGCACCUGUCUUUGGAGUCAUGCGCGUCGCCCUCAUUUUCAAGAAGGUCCUUGUCGUUGCGACAGGCACUGGCAUUGGCCCAUGCCUCUCACUCUUGGAAAGUUGCCCUGAGCACCCCAUGCAUGUACUCUGGAUGGGUUCAAACCCUAGACAAUCCUACGGCGACGCUAUCAUCAAUUCAGUCUUGACAGCAGACUCCGGCGCAUGCAUCGUCGAUACCUCCAAGGCAGGCAGGGGUGACAUUCUCAGAUUGGUCUACGCCAGAUAUGUUGAGUCACAAUCGGAAGCGAUCAUCAUCAUCUCCAACGCUGUUGUCACCAGACAGGUUGUUGGUGGUCUUGAGUGCCGUGGAGUUCCGGUGUUUGGCGCCAUCUUCGACUCCUGA